AUGACUUUCAGUUCAUCAAUAUCUUCACCUUCCGAUUCAUCAUUUACAUUGUUUGCUUCAUCCAAAACCAUUUGGACUAUUUCAUCAUCAUCUAAAGGCUUUUCUGUCAAACUCAAUUCAUUAUCAUUGACAUAUUCCAAAAAUUUCACAACCAUAAGAUACAUAGAUGAAGUCAUUAAAGAUAAUAAAUUAAGGGAAAAAAGAAUUUUUUGCCUUAUAUUAAUAGGUCAUUAUAUUAUCCAACGUCAGUUUGAAUUAUUUAGUGGUAAUCUAUUUUUACCUUCAAAUUUUGGAUCAAUUUUAUUACUUGAAGCAAUUGAAAAAAUUCAGCCGGACACUUUACCACCUGGACAUGAACAAGAAAUUACAUUGGCAGUAUCUGCCAUAUGUCGCCACUUGGCCAGCAUAAAUAGUUUUGCAUGGCUUAAAAUUUUUGCUUUAGCAGAUAUUGUUGACCCUAAUUAUAAUUUCUUAGAUGCUUUGGUUGAUAUUGAUUUAAAUGAUGAACAAAUGAAAAAAUUAUUUAAAUAUCUUCCUAAGCAAGUUUUAACUUAUGUUGAUAGAAUUGAAGAUGAUUUAAUUUAUUCUAAAGUUGCUCAGUGGCUGAUUGGAUUAUGCAACACAAUGGACACAUUAAUUACAAUGUGGAAUGACUUUAUUGAUCAUAAAAGAGAAAAAGAGGAAUUAAUAGUAUAUGCCUUCACUAAUUCAUUUCAAAGAACUAUUGCUUCUGACGGUCCAGUAGAUUUAUUGGAAGAUUAUGAAAAAGUUCCCAAUAAUUUGAAAGAAAUAUUGGCAGAACCAUUCCGUAAAAAAGUUUUAAGUUUAUUGAAUGCUCAAAUCAAUUGGACUGAAGUAUACAUAAAACCAAUUUCAAUGUUAUUUUUCAACAAGUUGCUAAAAUGGAAGAAAGCAGAUGUUAUCAAUUCACUAGAUUGUAUUUCUAAAUCAAAUCAUCCAAAAUUAUUAAUUUUCUUUACUAAAAUAUUGGAUCACUAUCUUAAAUAUUUUAAAGAUAAUGUAGAUGAAAUAGCUGAAGAGGAUGGUAAUGAAGAAGACGAAGAUGAAAAAAAUGAACUUUUUGAAAAAAAAGAGCUGAAAGAUGAAGAUAUCCCUUUUAUUUGUGGUCGGUGGUAUCAAAUGAGAUUGAGUAAGGUCAACGAAUCUUCUAAAGCUUAUGUUAAUGAGGAAUGGAAAAUUGUGCAUUCAAUAUUAUAUGAUUUUUCUUACAUUUUGCCAAUAAUUGAAAAUCAAAAUGAAAUUUACAAGAAAUUAUUCAUCUUUACCAUGGACAAAAUUAAAAAUUUUACUGAAGUUAGAGUGUUAAGUACUACUUCACAUAUCAAAGAAUUACAUCCAAAAAUUAUACAUAGAUUUGGUAUAAUGAUCAAAGAAAUGCUAAAUAACAUGAUAAAAAUCCCUGAUGUACAUCUUAUUACUAAAAUGUCUCAUGUUUGUGGAUUUUACUCAACGCCAGUUCUAGGACUUGAGAAAAAGGGAAUUUUAAGUUGUAAACCAAAUAAAAUUUUGAUUGAUGCAUUAGGAUUUUUACUUCUUAUCGCACCAUUAACCACUUUACUUCCACUUGCUGCGUUAACUGGUCACUAUGCCGAUCAAAAUGAUUUAGAAAUGGCUAUGAUGUUUCAUAGGUCACAUUAUUUUAUUUGGGUUGUUUGGGGAUUGGUUCUUUUAAUUUUAAUUGCUCUUUCUUGGUUUAAACUGACGUCAACGGUUUUGAAAAAUAUCAAAGAAUCAAGAAAAAAAGAGAUUACUUUCAAAAUCAAA